GUGAUUGUUGUAUUAAUUGUAGGUUUGGCAGCCGGGGACUUCUCCUCUGUCCCCUACCUGCUUGUUGCUAAACAACAAAGCCAACGCAAACGAGAUUGUUGCAAAUACGGCAAGCAAUACUUGGAAGGAACCACUCAUGAAGCUGCUAAUUACUGUACUCAACCGCCACAUCCAAUCCCACACUGCCACCUCAUCACCAGUCCUUUUCACUUACCGUGCUCUCACCAUCCACCGAGUUUGUUCCUCUCGUUCGACACUCACACAUAUGGAUUUUUCAUACGACUAUUUUUUUUUUCAAAUACAAGGUUCAAAUCAAUAUAAUAAAAAAGUAAAUGUGGAAAAAAGAGUAUUUAUAAUAUAUUUUUUUCUUAGGAGUAUACUCACUCAUUUAUAUAUCCUUCCCUAUAUAAUUGGACAAUUUAAUUGCUCGAUUAAUAGUUAAUUGAAGGCAGGCAGCAUGAGAUCAUCCAGUUGUUGCCUCGGUAUUAACCGUACAACCACAAAACCUUCUCUCGUCCCGACAAAGCCACCUCAAGUAUCCUUGGUGGAGAAAAACAAAGGAUGCUGGAGAAGCCGAUGCGUAGUGAUAGGAGUGGCAUCGUGCUUCAAUAUAAUUGGACUACAAAUCAACAAUUCUUUCACAUUCGGACAUCAACCUGUGUUUAAGGAGGAAAUUAUGUUCGUUGCCAUGUCAAAUUCAUUUCAUGAUGACGUCUUCAAUAAUUCAUCAUCAACACUACUUUUGGUUCGGGGUGCCAAAUGGAGUGAAAAGAGGAUGUGUCCAUCUUGGCAAGGAAAUAAUCCUCUCGAAACCGUCGUGCCGGAGAAUCUUCCACGCCCAGCUACACGCCGGAGAUAUGAAGCUGUUAGCUCCACCUCCAAGACUGCGCCGCCGCUAUCACUGUCUCUCAAACUUAAAUCCAACAAGGACAAUUGCUUCUCCAUGUGAAAAUUCAAUUCAUUAUAAUUGUAUAUAUUUAUUAAUUACUCAAAUUAAUUAUUGUGUAAAAAUUAUUAAUUAUUAAUAGUAUUCAAUGUUAAUUA